AUGCUUCUGGCUGGCUGCAAUAAUGACUCCAUCGCUGAUGAAUACGCUCUCAACGAUCUGGAUAGCACGCGAACGUGGGGAGUUCAGGUUACUAGGAGACUUCUGGCACAGCCAGGAUUGCGUGGAAAGGUUGAUGCAGUUGAAAAUGUUGUGCGCGCGCGGAAGUCAUACAUGCUGGCGACACUUCAGAGGUUCAAACAGGAGUUUGGCACUAUCGAGGCCUAUUGCAAGAUCAUUCUUGGACUGGAUGAUAGCGCAUGUGGGAAUAUUAAGAAGAACCUUUUGAGGUCAUGA